CGUGGUAUGGCCAAACAUCUCUGGUAGUAUGGCUCUGCUACGUAGCUAAAUACUAGUAACACUCAGCCUGUAGCAUAACCAGUCUCUGGGUGCGUUUGAUGCUUCCCCAGCUACCCAGCCCUUGUUCUUCCAUCAUGCAUCGCACAACCAGUCUCCAGUUCCACAACCAACCUCAUCAUCAUAUGCAUCGCUUCUUUUUCACAAGUGGUGCAUGCACUAGCACUCCAACCCCAGCUUGUGCAUGCCCAUGGUGGCGGCUGCAUCCCAGCCGAGAGGGCCGCCUUGCUCUCCUUCAAGAAGGGCAUCACAACUGACGGCGCGCAUGCCCUCACCUCGUGGCACGGGCAGGAUUGCUGCCGCUGGAGGGGCGUCGGUUGCAGCAACCAAACAGGCCAUGUCAUCAAGCUACACCUUCGUUGCAGUACAGUUCUGAACCCUGAUGACGGCGAUUACUAUGAUUGGUGCGCUUAUGCUAAGUCAUUGUUCGGCGAGAUAAGUCCCUCUCUGCUUUCCUUGAAGCAUCUAGAGCAUAUGGAUCUUAGCAUGAACUGUUUGCUAGGGCCAACUGGUCAUAUUCCUCAGUUCUUGGGGUCGAUGGAGAAUUUGAAAUAUAUUAACCUCUCUGGUAUCUUAUUUACCGGUAGAGUUCCUACACUUGCAUAUUUUGUGAGCAUUGAUUUAUCAGGUAACUCUUUGACCGGUGAAAUCCCUACAGACAUCACUUCCCUUGCUGCACUGAUGAACUUGAAUUUAUCAUCAAACAAAUUGAGUGGACCAAUUCCAAACAUGAUUGGGGCCAUGCAGUCACUGGUAUCUCUCAACUUCUCUGAGAACAAGCUCUCUGGUGAAAUCCCGUUGAGCUUGUCAAAUCUGACAUUGUUGGAGGCCUUGAACUUGUCUUGCAACAAUUUAUCUGGAAGGAUACCCUCUGGCCGCCAACUUGACACCCUCAAUUCGGACAACCCGUCAAUUAUGUACAUCGGCAACAGUGGACUCUGUGGGCCUCCUCUCAAAAAGAAUUGUCCAGGAAAUGAUUCUUCCAUCAUCCAUGGCGAUCGUGAAAGCAGUAAGCAACAGUUUGAUCCACUGACCUUUCAUUUUGGUCUCGUGCUGGGACUUAUGGUGGGGCUUUGGGUGGUGUUUUGUGCACUGUUGUUCAAGAGGACAUGGAGAAUUUCUUUCUUCCGGUUCUUUGACGAGGCGUACGAUCAAGUCUAUGUAUUUGUGCUUGUGAAGUGGGCAAGCUUCGCAAAGAACACAGCUACAGAAUAAGCAUUAUUUUUCCUCUGAAGGGGUCAAUGUCUAUGCUGCAACCCAUUGAACGGAGCUCUGGACUAUUAAUUAACCAGAGUGAGGAAGAUCUUCAGCACCAUAUGUUUUUAUCGUGUGCCUUGUUUAUACCUAUAAAUAAAGAUGAAGAUGUUAGUUGUUCUGAAAUUUAUGACAUCAUUCUUGUAUAAUUAUUGCGGUAUAUGCAAGACUUAUGUGUUGUUCAAAUAUCCUGAUACAUGUAAGACUUUACUA